AUGAUGAAAAUAUCAAAUGAAAGAAACGAAAGUCCGGGUACAGAUGGCAGUGUUUCACCUGAGCCACCCGACCGACCCCCCGGGAAACGACAAGUGCAUCCCGACCAACCAACUCAACCAUAUGACUCCUACCACAAAAGGAGCAAGCCGAAAUCUCUCCCUCUAGAUGAUAACCAGAUGUACAACCACUUAGCUAAUUCUAACGUGGCCAUGUCGCCUAUAUAUCCUCUAACUCCCAAUAUUUGCGUGGAGGGAGGAAAAAUUGAGUUCAUAAAAUCGCCCACAGGGAGUGCUAGGAAUAGUAUGGCGCUUGUAUCGCCUCCCGGCACACCGUUACUAGUUCGUAGAGGCUCUGGCAAAAGGGAAGUUAGAGCGUGUAGCGAUGAGCCUGAGAAGUUCGACGGUGAUAAGGAACUACUAGAAAAACGUAUAAAGCAAUUAGAAGAUCAGUUGGAAGAGGAAAAACGAAGAACCCAACGCGAGCGUAUGGCUGUCACCAAACUACAAAAUAAACUUAUAAAGGUACGUAGU